AUGCAAAGCAUCAUGCAACAACCUUCCCAUGACCAAGUUGCCGGUAAGGAAAAGUAUUGGUGAAUAAAGCUUAAGAGAGACACACUGCUCCUAAUUUAAAUCUCUUUGGGAUUUAGAUUUCUUCAGAGAUAAGUAAUGAUAAGUAAUUUUGGACCUUGGUUGAUAUUUCUUAGAAAGUUAUAACCGUUUCACGAGUUUAGAUAAGCGUCAGUUUCGCGAAGUGGUCAGAAAGGGAAAGAGAUCUGGAGCCCUUUCUGGCGGGUUUAUUCGCCAUUUUUUAAAACUGUUGCACCCUCCUCUUCUCACCUUUGCGGUGAAUUCUCUUUUCUUUGGCUAUAAACUAUUUAGUUCAGAUUUUAAUUUCUGCUUUAAGAUCUUAAAAUUUCUUCGUCCAUUUUUCUUUCACAAAAACGUUUCAAAAAUCAUCCAAAAAUUCUGAAGCAUUUAUUUUGCCAGGGGCUCUCACCAAGAGCCAUACCGAAUAGAGGCAUUAUUCUAUCAAAUGACAUUUAGUGAGAUUUAAAAGGAAAAAGCUAAAAUAUCGGGAGGAGAAAGCAUGGCCAUAAUGCUUCCUUUAUCGGUUUCUUCGUUCUGAAAGACUCAUUAAACAAGCUUCGGUUGUAUGUUUUUAAGUUGAAUUCUGAUUGGUUACUAAGUAAACAUAUUUUUCCCACAGCAAUGCAAAAUCCCGAGGGUUUACAAGCAAGCGAGACGGACAUAAUAAAUCACCUUCAAAACUAUAACAAGCACUACCUCAACAACGAAAUGGCAGCUGAGACUGGUAAUUAGCACUAAAUCUUUAACAUGAUGACUUCUCGAAGCUAGAACGACGAUAAUGUUCAUGAGGCUAGUCACUCAGUAAAAAUUCCAGUUAUAAUAGACCAAUCAGAAUCGAAAACGUGAAAAACAAGCAACUUUUGCCAUAUAAAGAAACUAAUAGUUGGUUUUAAAAUUACCGACCUUGUUUGCCUUGACUGGUUAGCACCGCCAAUGUUCACCAAUUUUAGAAAAGGCUGGAAACGUUCUAUUUAAAAUAAGUCGCAACCUGGCUAUACCCAAAUUUGUGGGCCAAAAUCGUCUCUAAAACAGAAAAGAGCACUUAGCAAAACAAAUUUGUUAGCAUCAAGCAUAUUAAAAGGCAAAAGGCUUCACUUCUGUUUGGUUUGCGUCAAAAACGCCUUUGUUUAAUAAUCUCUGUGACAAAUCUCGUCAAAUUUUGUUGUAACAUUGAAACCGAGGAUUUUUUUAUGUCACUUCUGCGGUUCAGCCUGCAGUUCCUCCUGGCGAAAUGUCCCUAGCUCGCAGGAGGAGCUAGGAGAAACGGCUGUAUUCGCAGGCUAGUUAAAUUAUCGAUGAGUGUUAGGGUUAGAUACAUCAUGAUAUGUUCGAAAACUUGAGCACUAUGCUUUUGAGCGUCACCCUCAAAAUAAUAGCAUUAUACCUUAAAUCAUGCUCGAAAAGUAGCAUUAUGCUCGACUGAUCUUAGCUAUAUUUGAUACCCUUUUCCAUGCCUGCAGACAAAAAAUUCACCUUCAUAUGCCAGAAACACAAUAUUGCACUGCAUCAAUCAGUUACAAAUUUACAAGAAAUAAAAGAAAGAUAAUGCUUAAAACCACUCAAAAUGUCUUCUUUUAAUGGAACUCUCCCUCGUUAGGAUACUCUCUGAUCAGUUUGCAGCUCGGCAUAAUGAUGCAACGGUGCAACCAGAGCUUGAAAGUGGCAAGGCGAAGCCUUUGAAUAAGUUAAUUCCUUGCUAAAAGCACGCGAAAGUUAAAAAGUCUCAUAUUUACAUUUAAGGAAUUAUUAAUUUUUCACUAUUUUCUUAAUUCUCUCUAUGCAAAGAAGGCCCAUUAUGCCGGCAUUAUGCUCGAUGCUUCGACUAUAGCAUUUUAGUAAAAUCCAACUAGUGGUCUAUUAUCAAUGCUGCGUUCUGAUUGGUUGAGCUACUACUAGGCCAUAUGUUAUAGCCCACUAGUAGCGAUAUGCGCGGGCUUUUUGGCGGCAAAAAAGGAUUAAAGUCUAGCUUUAUCUAGCUAAAAGUUUUUAAUUCUCGAUAUUUUUUACCAACUAGUUGGAUUCUACUAAAACAAUGAUUCCUCUCACCCUCAUGGCCUCUGAGUCAAUAGCCCAUUCGGCCUUCGGCCUCAUGGGCUACUGACUCAGAGCUCAUUCGGGCUCGAAGAAUAAUUGUUAAAUGCCCAAAAUUAUGCCGGCAUAAUGUAUCUAACCCUGGUGAGUGUUAACUGAUUAUAGGACACACCCUAGCAGCUCCAAUAAUAAUAAAUUCAUUUCUACUUGAUUUCAGCUCUCCUGGCGGACAAUGGCAUUGAUGAUGAUUCGGCACUUAAGAUCUCCAACAUGGCGGCUUUGCCCAAUGGAUUACCCCAUCACGGAGUACAAGUAGCUAACGCCGCCAUCAAAGCCAAGAUCAGCAGCAGCGUUAAACAAGUUCACGGAUCCACUGACCACCAGCAGGCCUCAACUUCACCCGGAGGAUACGAUCCAAAUGCGUACCUUAACGACGCAAACUCAUGGCCAGAAUACAGUAUUCAUGAUUCUGACUACAGUAACUUCCACGCCGUGGAAAUGAACAACAUGAACGGUGAAAACACGGAUAUGCCUCCCAUGUACAACAAGCCAAACAUGUACGACAAACCAGACGAAAGCCCCGAAAUGGGCUUUCAAAACAUGGGAAGCGAGGGGGGAGUGGAAUAUCUGGGAGAUCAAAAGUUCCCCCAGGGGAAAGCAGAAGGUGGUGCGAUUAAUGAUGAGGUUAAGGAGGUGGAGGAAGAGGCGUUGCAGAAUGAGAAAAGUGAGGAAGAUCAUCCGCAGGAGGGUUCAGAGGAUAAAUCGGAGAGUUCCGAAGAUAAAGGGGAAAAUACAAAGGCUCCAGGUAGUUCGGAUGAAAUGAAGCCAGCUGACAGCAGCGAAGCUAGUGGAGAUAGCAAAGCGCAAGGGGAUGGGAAGGCAGAAGCGCAAAACAGCCAACAAUUGCAGCAAAAAAAGCCUGAAAAUAUCCCGCCGGCUCAAAUCAAAGAUGCCUCCUCACCAAAUCAGCAAAAUGGACCGCAACCACAAGUAGCACGGCUGCAACAGCAGCAGCAGCAGCAACCACAGCAGGAUAAAAGUACUUCUUCAAAGCUAACUUCUGCUGCAGUGGCCCAGGCCGCAGCCGUCUCACUUCCCCCCAAGGCCCUCUCCUCCUUACUAAGCAGAUUAAAGGCUGUCGGGAUUACAAGAGCCCAAGGUCAAGGUCAAAUACAAAAAAACGGAAGUAGUUUCCAAGCUCAUAUACCUCAGGAUAUCAACCCGGCAAAGGAGAUGACCCAAUCAGCUGCCCAACGCCUCAAGGUUAUGAAGCUGAAGACCAACUGA